CUCCUCCACGGUAACCCACCUGACCAGUCGGAACAGCAUACAGCUCAAUGACCUCGUGGAGGAUCCCAUGUUCUCUAUUGUCUUCACUCUGGAGUAUGUGAUGGGGUACCCCUACAGAAGGAGGACAGGAAGAUGGCUUUGAACAUGGCUCGCACCCUUUCCCGUAACGUGACAAUACGCUGGGCAGCCUGGAACCCCUUCCUGGACUUCACCAGCCCAGAUGUCAAUAUCAGUCUGGUUGGGGGCCCAGGCGUGAUGCCUGAUGACACGCUGGUCUACCGUGUCCCACCUACAGACAUGCAGGACAAAACAUUGGCUAGAGUUGCUCCGGGAGCCAUCAGUUUCUAUUGGUCAGACAUGAGGAAGGGGGGAGAACUCCUGGGACUGCCUCAUGGCUCUGCCAUGUCCCACCACUUGCCAUCCUUUGAGGACGUCGCUGAGCACAUGAUGGAUGUAUCUCAUGGGAAGCCACCCAUUCCUGUAAACAAGGGAAGUCCCGGAGAUGGCAGCCGACGACCUUCAGUUGCCCAACAUGUACCUCGCCACAGUGUGGGAGACAUCAGUGUUGUUGCUUCAAACUCAGCGGCAAUGUUGUCCCCACGAGCAAAGACUUCAGGGAGCCAGCAGGAGCUGAUAUUACCCCAGGCGGCAAGCAUGGCGUAUGGACAGCAUGGUUUGACACCCAGAGCCAUGAGCCACCAACAUAUGAUGCCAGCCAUGUCUCACCAUGCCAUGAGCUACCACCAUAUGGGCUACCCAGUAGCAUACCAGUCAGUGCCGUACCCUGUGGAGAUUGGACACCUUCAUGAGCGGCCAUCCAAUGUGGUAGGAGCGGCAGGCCCUGAUCUUCACGAGUUACCCUUUACACCCGUCCAUGCGCCAAUCAUGUUGACUGGACCAACAGUCACCGGUCAUGGACUGUCACGUGCUGCCUACGCUCGGCUCUAUUCCGUGGGAUUCCCUCCAAUCCUGGACCGUAAUGGCGACCCCCCUGAGGUCAUUGACCCGCAGGCUCACAUCAGCGUGGACCUGGCCAAAGAGGAGAUGGACCCCCUCUCCUGCAAUGAGAUCACCUUCCAGUUCCUCGCUUUCUCCAAGAUGCUGUCUUACCAACCCAGUGGCCCAGCCAGCCAGAGUGGCACUGUCUUCUUCACUUUCAACUUCUACAGAUACCCACAGCUGACCACCGAGAGAUUACUGCUGUCUAAACCUCAGUCUGAGAUGACCAAUGAUCCGAGCGCCAUGCCAUUUGUACUGCAGAGACUGGACAAAGAUGGCUCCAUAUUGAAAGGGUCGCCUGGGUACCAGAUACGUUACUUGGUUGACCCUGGAUUCCUGAAGCCAGGUGAACGCUCUCUUUUCCUCCAGCACCUUUCCCAGCAGACCCUACACAUUGAUGUGUGGGACGGAGAUUCCCUUCUGUUGAUAGGCUCCGCAUCUGUGGAGCUCAAGUGUUUGUUACGUCGUGGCUAUGAGGCCGUUCAGACGACGUAUGAGCUGGAUGUCAUGCUGAUGGAAUAUGAGGAUGACCUGACCUCUAACAUGACGGGCGACCUCCACCGUGGGGGCAGCGUGCGCCCAGUUGGGGUCAACACCCUAGUUAAGGGUCGACUUCACCUGAGAAUGGCUAAUGUGGGUCACCUCCCUGACAUGAAGGCCAUUAAACAAGUGCCACUGGUUGACGGUUGUAAGACAAACGUGCUUGUGUCAGAGACUGCUGGCAAAUCAGCGUACAUCGGAGGCAGUUUGACCUCAGGAACUGGAACAGGCUCAAAGAAAAGCAAUGUAGUGCGUGCGCAGAACUUGGUGGAGAAUAACAGAGAGGUUGCCUCCCUUGUGGCUUCCCAGCGUGGUAACCUGGCCACCACAGAGAAGACUAAUCGGGAAGGAGAUGCGGAGCGACAGAGGAAGUUGUCCAGGAUGCAGGUAGUGAGGUCUAGGACCAAGGAGGAGCAAGAAGAGCUGGAGAACAAACCACUGAACAUCCUGGGAGUGAAACAGGAGAAGGCUGAACGGAUGCGAGAUCUGAAGACGAUUGACUUUUAUCGACAGCAGACAAAGCGAGAUGGAAUCCUGAACAUGCUGAGUCAAAACAUGACAACAGAGCACACAAUAUAUCCAUCAUUUGGCACAACAGAGUUCUUUGAGUUUGUGUUACGUAACCCAUACAACAUUCAGCACACAGUGGUUGUUGAAUGUAAUGAUCCAGAAUUAAGAGUGAUCAUGGACACACGAGAGUGGCGCCACUUCAAACAGGUUCAUCAGGUAAACACCCCUGUGGAGGAAGGCAUGUUCAGUAAGUCUGCGGAGACCAGUCAGUUGCCAGAGAUCUUCCUCCGGCCCAAGGAGACUGUCAACAUCCCGUUCAAGUUUGUCAUGUUUUCUGCUGAUCAGUCAGUUCAACCUCAGGGACCGCUUGACCCAUUUAACAAGGAGAGAAAUGAACGGAACACACUGAAGGAUAAAUCCAGUCUAGGAGAGACAGGAAGUGCUUUGUCACGCCUAAUCAAGGUUUACUUCAAAUCUGAGGACAACAAGCCUCUGUCUGUGUUAAAGCUGAAGGUAGAGCCACAACCCCACAUCAUAGACCAGACGUUCCGGUUCCACCACCCAGAACAAGCCUUCCUAAAGAAAUCCAUCAGGCUGCCUCCAUUCCAUGCUCUACCAGGUGCCCCAGUGGGUGGGACAGACUCUCAAAAGUUGUAUGUCCGGUGUAGUGACCCAAACGUGAUCUGUGAGAGUAAGAAAACUCAGGCUGGAGAACCUCAGGAUGUCUUUCUCAAGGUCGCCUGCGGCCCAUCACCACAAAUAAAGAAGUUUUUCAUAGCUAUCUACACGGACCAUUACUUCACACGACCCUCGCAGUUGUGGCAGUUUUACAUCCAUGCCCUUCAGAGGGUGGAUGUGGCAAGUGUGGAAGGACAGACUAACCAGUUCUCACUCAUACUGAGGGGUACACAGUCCUCUAGACUGGUACGUUGCUAUUCCUCGCACCCAAAUGAGAUGAUUCUGCAGCCUGCUGAGCCAUUCAUGUUAGCAGCCAGCACUGUCCAUGAGCUCAGGGUGGCCGUCCGUCCAAUGAGAGUCGGCAACAAAUUCUUCUAUAUCAACGUUGUCGACACAGAGUACCAUCAGUUGUUAAGAACAUGGCUAGUCUGUGUCAAUUGUCGGGCCCCGAUGAUUUCUCGUGCAUUUGAGCUGAAUCUUCCCAUAGGUGGUGGCAAAGGCUCCAACAAGCGAAUCACCUUUACCAAUCCUUACCCUUACAAAAAGACCUUCCUCUUACGGUCAAACCGUGAUGAUUUACUGCAGUUUAAAGACACACGCCUGGAAAUUGACGGUGGCGCAACGCAAAAUAUUGGGCUUCGCUUUGCUCCCUGUAUGCGCCCAGGUGUUACUGAAAUCCUCAUCUUUAUAAAUGACGAAGAAGAAAAGAAUGAAGAAACCUUCUGCAUCAAAGCCUCAUAUUCCCUGGAAUAGAGAACUUCGGGAACAGAGAACCUCACUGGUAUCUGAUGCACCCAAAGCCAGUUCUAUUUCAGGGUGCUAUGCUGAAGCCACAAAACAGUGUUUGACUUUAGUUAGUAUUCUAGAGUUCAGUAGCCUCAAGAGUUCAACAAGUGAAAGAUAUAUGUAUGUCUCAUUGUGACACUUGAAAAUGUUUGGUUGUAGGAAUUUUAAUUCUUGACCUCAGCAUAUAAGCAUUUGAAUCAUAUUUAAUUUGGACAUUAGUCAAACCAACAUGAGGACAAAAAUCUGGAAAGUUGCUUACAACAUGAGUUGUAUCAGUAGUUCAGGAGAGAUUUGCUCCUUCAAAGAACAGGCCCCUGGAAAAGAAAUGUAACAAGCGCUAAAGGACUGGCUACAUCUACAAUCUGUUGUAAUCUGGACAACUGACUUUGCAUGGAUUUGAACGAUAUCUUUGUAUGUCGUUUGGACAGUUAAUUGUAAGGUAAUUUUAACUCUACCAAAUGAAUUUGUUUUGACUUGUACAUACACAAACAGGUGACCAAAUGGAUGAUGAACUUUUUCUUAUCUUCAUCUGUAACAUUGUUUGAUAUAUCGAUGUGGAAUGUGACAUGAGCUUAAGGCAAUGUUUAUAAUAGCCUGUGGGAAUCACAGUGACAAGACCAUUUUAUUAUCACCUGAGACUUGUGUAAUCUGCCCCAGGGCCCAGUUGUUCAAAAUUGUAUUAGCAGUUUAGACUGGUAUUAACUUUAGUCUGGACUAAACGGCCAUUAGUUUUAUAUUAGGCCAAGGCUGGUAUGAAGAUUUAAGCCUGGCUUAACUUUUCAUACACUUUUGAACAGAUCGCCCCAGGUUAUCUUCACCUCAAGAAUCCGUACAGGUUGAUGAAAUCCGUCCUGCAAAACAUUUGCACUCUUGCCGUCCACGAGCGUGUAGCUUUACUGGGCUGUUGCCCGGUCAGCAUUUUGGUGCAGUGUUACUCAGCUGUAUACGUCUAAAUGUGAUAACUGUGGAUUCUUUAUAAUUUAGUUUUUACAAAUUACAGUAGUGUAAUAUUUUGAUAUCAUGUAUAUGGGUAAGUUGUUUGUUAUGCAAUAGUGGUAGAGCUACAGUUUUAGAGUUACCAUUUGUCAUGUUUCUAGAGGAAUCUCAAGUUGGGUAGAUUAUUUGCAAAUUAUUGUACAAGUGAAUUUAACCACUUAUUUUAGCAUAUCAAUAGUAACAAUAAUGUUACAAAGAUACAACAGUUACAGUGGGUACAUGUCACUCACAAAAUCCCAGAUAAAGAUAUCUGAACAAUAACUGUUAUGAUGUGGGGAUUACUAUGAUUGGUUCUGGAUGUGAACACACUCAUAAUACUUGUACACAUCACCUACAUGUACAUGCUUACUAAAAGAAAAAGAAUUGCAUAACUUUAAGAAGUACCUCGGAGAAGUCCAACCCAUGACUGCACAGAGUAGAGCAUGGUCUGGCCAAUGUCUUUGUACUUUGCUGUCUCUCCACUGUUGUUUGUGGCUUGGAGAAUAUGACGUGCAUCAUGCAUUUUCAUGUCUACAUGUGCUUUGUCAGGGCAUGCAUUUUUUAAUAUUUAUGUUAGACUCAGUCUUGUAUGCAUGUUAACCUGUAUUUAAACAUUUCCAAUU